GCGACUGCACUCACUCUUUCAUAUAGUCCCUUUCACUUUCCAAGCUGUGCUCAGUUGUCCGUUGCUGCAGAAGCGCCGAUUUGGUAGGAUUAAAGCUAUCUCAGAAACCCAAACACAAGGACUACCAUUUUAUUUUUUUAUUUGUUAAUAGGGAGAGUGUUUAACGAUACAGGAUAUAACUCUUUCUGAGAAGAAAUAAGAAAUAUUUGUUACCAAAGUUAAAGCCCUCAUCAUGGGCGCUAAGGAAGAGUUCUACGAUGCUCUGGAGAAUCAAGAAGAUGCUUUCGACGACCUAAAUGAAACUGAAGAACUAAGAAGAUGUAGUUUACAUGAACUGAGAGAAUGGGCGAAAAGUCAACCUCAUUUCAUCAACUGUAGAUUAGAUAACAACUUUUUAUUACGAUUUCUACGUAUGCGGAAAUAUAGAGUGGAUUUGGCCCAACAAGUUUUGGACAAGUAUCUGACGGUGAAGACAAAAUACCCUGUCACAUACCAGAAGCUAGAUAUACAAAAUCCUGGUAUAAGGGACCUUAUAUCCAGAGGGUAUGUAUUUCCCCUGCCACAAAGAGACAAGCAUGGCAGAACAGUUUUAUUUUGCAUAGCAGGUGCUCUUGAUGCAACAAAGCACAAACAAUCGGAUGUUUUUAAGUCUUUUCUUUUGACUUUUGAAGCGCUAAUGGAAUGUGAAUUGAAUCAGAAGCGAGGCAUUACUUACAUCUUCACACAAGAAGGGUAUCAAAUAAGCCACGCUCUUUUGGUAGGCCUAAGAGACCUACAGAGGAUGGUACACAGUGGAGAGAAAGCAGUUCCAUUAAGGCAUAAACUUCUACAUUGGAUGAAUGUGCCAAAGUAUUUAGCAACAUUAUUUUUGUUGCUGAAAACAUUUUUAAGCCAAAAACUUCAAGAUCGCAUUAUUCUCCAUGCCAAUGCAGAAUCACUGUACGAACAUUUUGAGCCAAGUAUGUUACCGAAGGAAUAUGGAGGCUCUAUACCCGUUAGUGAAAUGACAGCAAAAUGGAUUGAAGUCUUGGAGUCCAAGCGAGAUCGAAUUUUAGCUUUAGAUGACAUGAAAAUCGAUGAAAGUAAAAGACCUAAAGGAAAAAUCUCUGGAAAUUUAAUACCUCGUUUGGUUAGUAGCAUAAGCAGAAUGGACAUUAAAUAACUGCAUUGUUACAUAUUUAUUCUUGCAUUAUUUGGAGCAUUACAAGUGUCAUCACGAUUCGAACCCAUUUACUUUACAGCAUUUAUGACGACACUUUGUAUGUUACAUCCUUUUUAUACUUUGACUCAUAAUAUCUGUAAUAUUUAAACAGUAUAUGUAUAAUCAGAAUGAUAUUUGUGUAAUUUUAAAUAAAGUUCAUAAAAUGUUA